AAAUUAGGAGAUUUAAUAAAGAAACGGAUAUUUGUCCAAGUACUGUUCUGGUGAAAGAGGUUAAUUUACGUUACUUGAAUAUUCUCUUUCGUAAUUAUAAGAAUGGAUGUAAUUUAUAUGUGUGUUACAAUGUUUAUACUAUUUCUACAAAUUAUAAAAUGUUCAAAUGGACAGACAAGAAAUUUGUUUUUAAAUCGGAAUGAACAAAGGGACAGAAGAUUUUUCAACUCAAGACAAAGAAAUCCAAAUAAAUUUGCAAGACAAUUGACUAAUCAAAGAAUUAGAAAUUCCCAAAAUAUUCCAACUUUUUUGAAUGACCAUGUUGCAUGGGCAUACACAAACAAAGAAACAAUUGUUCCAGAUAUAGUCCCGAUACGACAAACAGCACGGAGACCUACGCGAAAACAAUACAAUCAGAAGGGCAAGGUGUUCGGAUAUUGUGAUAUUGGAAAUGACGACGACCUGGAUGAUUUAUUUCCAGGAUUGUUUCAGUCAGAAACAGAAAUCCUUAGUGAAGCUUCAAAAGUUAUCAAAAAGGAAAGAUGGCAUGGCGAUGCCAUGCGGACUUACAGCCAACCAAAAUCUAAAGUCCCACAAAUAGUCCCAGAAGUAGUCCCAGAAGUAGUGGAAACAACAACACAGAGAUUUGCUCGAACGAAUAAUAAUUCAGAAGUACGUGAUCACAAAAGACCGCCACCAGGUCGUAAUUCUCAAGUUUGUCAAUGUUGUCAAACAAUUUCGAGGCAUGAAGUAUACCAAAACAUCACUGUAGAUGAUACAAAUUACAGGGUGAUACAAUUACCAGGGAAGUUUCAGGCUAUUCCAGUUGGACGAUGCCCUGAAAGCAACCUUUGUUUGUACGGAGAUUGUGUACAGCAUUAUAGUGUCCAUCAUGUUUUAAUAUGGAAUAAUACAGUACCAUACUGGCCACCAUUUGAUUUCGCUUUAGUUGAAUAUCCAACACAUUGUACAUGGGAGAAUAUUGGACAAUAAAAACAAUCUGAUCAAUAUUUUGUCUUAAUGUAUUCUAGUAGUCUUUAAAAAAUAA